AUGGUGUCCCAGCUCACGAAAAAUGGAACGACGGAGGUUUCCACAACUCUGCAAGGACAACUGGACAUAGAAGGCCGCUGCGAGGGAAUGACCUUCACAGUAGGAGAGGUUGUCUACAAAAACGUAGUCGUCUCAGGAGCUAUCACCAUCAAGCUAUCUGACUACGACACAGUUGCCAAUGUGGAGUUAAACACCAUCCACCUGAGGAGCGGCACCAUCUGCCCUUUUAACGAUGGCACCUGUUUCGACGAUUUGUCCGGAAUCGCACUUUACGAGUCCCACUACCAAGACUAA